AUUUGGAAGCGACCAUCUUUGUCUAUUGUGUUUAUGUUGAGCUCUCCAUAGUUAUUUCGUGAAUGGACGCAGCGUUACCGUCAAAGUUUUUUACCUCUCUUUACGACAUGGAUUGGAAAACAUCUUAAAUAUUAGUCAGCUGCGCACACAUGUAAAAAUGAACAAAGGCUGGCUGGAGCUGGAGAGUGAUCCAGGGCUGUUCACUCUACUGGUGGAAGAUUUUGGUGUCAAAGGUGUCCAGGUAGAGGAAAUCUAUGAUCUUCAAAGCAAGUGUCAAAGUCCUGUCUAUGGCUUCAUCUUCCUGUUCAAGUGGAUCGAGGAACGUCGAUCCAGGAGAAAAGUUAACACGCUGGUGGAUGAGACCUCUGUUAUUGAUGAGGAAAUUGUAAAUGAUAUGUUCUUUGCUCAUCAGCUGAUACCAAAUUCAUGUGCCACCCACGCCUUGUUGAGUGUGCUUCUGAACUGCAGUGGCGUUGAGCUUGGCACCACGCUUAGUCGCAUGAAGGCUUUCACAAAAGGCUUUAGUCCAGAGAGUAAAGGUUAUGCAAUAGGAAAUGCCCCAGAGCUUGCCAGAGCACAUAACAGCCAUGCCAGACCGGAGCCCAGGCACCUGCCGGAAAAACAGAAUGGGAUCAGUGCAGUGCGGACCAUGGAAGCCUUCCACUUUGUUAGCUAUGUGCCCAUCAAAGACCGCCUCUUUGAGCUCGAUGGACUCAAGGCUUACCCCAUUGACCAUGGGCCUUGGGGAGAGGAGGAGGAAUGGACUGAUAAAGCUCGGCGAGUUAUCAUGGAGAGGAUUGGACUGGCCACUGCUGGUGAGCCGUACCAUGACAUCCGCUUCAACCUGAUGGCAGUGGUGCCUGACCGCAGAAUGAAGUACGAGUCCAAACUGGAAAUUCUAAAGAGGAAUCGACAGACUGUUCUGGAGGGUUUACAGAAGAUGAUCCGGCUCACUCAGCCAGAGCUCGUCCAUGACAAGAAGCAGCAGGACUCCUCCUCUCCUGAUGAUGGUGCCACGACAAUCAAGAAAGAGGCAGAUACGGAGCCGGUUACAUCCCAGGCUGACCAGGCUUCUUCAGAUUCAAUAGAUGAGUCAGGAGGUCAAUCCAAGGAAGCUCCUAGUCCUUCAGGAAACACUAAAGUCAUGGGCAAACCACCAGUCCCUGCUGGAGUUCCCCCACAAGUCACCAACCCCAUCGUUCAGCGCCUGCCUGCCUUCCUGGACAACCACAACUACGCCAAGUCUCCAAUGCAGGAGGAAGAGGAUCUUGCUGCUGGAGUUGGUCGCUCUCGUAUGCCGGGGCCUCCCCAGCAACCAUACUCUGACGAUGAAGAUGACUAUGAGGAUGAUGAGGAGGAAGUAACUGCUUCUGCAGGCACCUCAAACAGGUUUAGGCGGAAAGGAAGUCUGCGCUCACGACCAGGACGGGGUGGGACCGGAAUGGAAAGCCAGAUUGCCCUGAGUGUCCUGGCUGAGAAACUGAAGAAAGAGGCCCAAAGGAAAGAUGCCCUAAAUACACCUCUUUCCGUACGCACAGAAGGCCGCACCGGAGGCAUUUGCAUCACAUCUGCCUCGCAGCCCUCCCCCACACCCAGCAACGAGAGCACCGACACGGCCUCGGAGAUUGGCAGCGCCUUCAAUUCCCCGCUGCGCUCGCCCGCACGCUCCCAGGCUGCCACGCGCCCGUCCAGUCCAGUCGCAUCCCAUCUGUCCCGUGUGCUGUUCGGAGAAGAUGAGAUGCUGAGGCUAGACUCCAGACAUAACCGCGCUGUAAGAGAACUGGGUCCCUCUGUCAGUGUAGCCUUGUUACACCUGCAGGAAGAUGGAGUCAUCUACACUCUCCCUCCAUCUGUAGAUUCAGCUGCUGAUGGUACAAAGCGGCCUUGUACUCCUGAGAAGACAAAAGAGAAGGAGCAAGCGGGAGAGAAGGAAGGAGGGAAGGAGGGAGAUGAGGGACCAUCUGCGGAGGUGAAAGAAGAGGACAGCAAAGAUGGAGCAGAGGUGAAACCCAGCAAGGAAAAGCUCAACGCUAUGGAAACUGCUGCAGACAGCAAGCCCCCUGGGGAUAAGUACUCACCAAAAGAGCUGCUUGCGCUGCUUAAGUGUGUUGAGGCUGACAUCGCCAAUUAUGAGGUGUAUCUGAAAGAAGAAGUGGAAAAGAGAAAGAAAUACAAAAUUGACGAUCAGAGGAGGACCCAUAAUUAUGACGAGUUCAUCUGCACCUUUAUAUCAAUGCUGGCCCAAGAAGGAAUGCUGGCUAGCCUCGUGGAGCAAAACAUUUCCGUGCGUCGACGGCAGGGAGUAAGUAUCGGCCGGUUGCACAAACAGAGGAAGCCCGAUCGCAGGAAACGUUCCCGGCCUUACAAAGCCAAACGCCAGUAAUUACAAACAAUCAUAACUUCUGUAAGUAACGGAGAAAAAUAAGUCGCUGCACUCCUGAAACUCUCUCAUAAAGGCAGUUUAGUGUUGUAUUUUAGUAAGAACCUCUUCUUCCUCAUGAAAUUGACCAUGUAUUUGGUCAGUCCUUUUAUCCAUUAUGUAUAUACGUACCUCCAUUUUAGUCUCAAUGUAAAUUUUCUUCUUGUGCCAAUGCUGUCUACAGAUUGUAAAUAUGAAAAAAGGCAUGUCCCCAGUGAUGCAUCUGAAUGCUUUUUACUGAAAGAUCUUCUCGUCAGUCUUGUGGUCAGUACGGUUUGAGUCAUUUGUUGGAGCAUAGAUUUCUCUAAAACGCCUCUGUAUGUCACUAAAUAUACACUUUGGUAACCACAAGUCAAAAUUUCUUCAGCUGUGUCUCUCUUUCGUGUUUUCACGGUGCCAAUGAAGUAUUGAAUGUUUUGACAAAAAAAGGCCAUGUGUUUUAUUCAUCCACAGCAUUUCAGCUUCAGUAUAUGCAGUGCAGGUAAUUCACUGUGUAACAUAAAAAAAGCAUCUUUUAAUCACAUUCUUCAUGGACAAUUUUAAUCUCAAGAAGAGGAAGUCAUGAUGCAUCAGGGUUUUUUUUCUUUUUUCAGUGGAAUGUCUUUUGAACUGAGAGUCUCUAGUUGGUGUAUGUGUUUCUCUCAAGGUCCUGCAAAUGAAAAACAAGCUCUUGCGUUAUUUUUGUACCUGAAAUGGAUCUCUGAGUGAGUGAAUAUAAAUUUGGAUGUGUGCAGUUGUGUGUUUUGUACAUAUGUAUCUGUUAAUUGGCUCACCUGUACGAUGGGUUCAGUUGUUCUUUGUGCUUGCCAAUUCAUACAAUAAUAAAGUUGGUGAAAGUA